AUGAUCAGUCCUGCCGCCGCCACUGUCGUCGCCGCCAGGCCGGGGCAGGCUCUAGUGAACUGUGCAGGGCUGCCUCAGCUUAGGGUGACCAGGGCCGAGAGGCUGAGGUGCGGCUGCUCCAAGGACCGCAAGGAGGCGGCAGCGGCGAGUCCGGCGGUCGUGAAGGGCGUGCCGCUGCUGGCCGCGGCGAGCGCAGCCGUUACGGCGGCGGCCCCGGCGCUGGCGCUGGUGGACGAGCGGAUGUCGACGGAGGGCACGGGGCUGAGCCUGGGGCUGAGCAACAACCUGCUGGGGUGGAUCCUGCUGGGCGUGUUCGGCCUCAUCUGGUCCCUCUACACCGUCUACUCCUCCACCCUGGACGACGACGACGAGUCCGGCGGCCUCUCCCUCUGA